AUGGGGACCCUUAAUUCCCACACAAGAGAAGCAUCUGGAGAGAAGCCUUUCACAUGCCAUUAUUGUGGAAAGAGUUUUUGUCAUAAAGGCAGUCUCAAAACUCACAUGAGAAUUCACACCGGAGAGAAGCCUUACUCAUGCCCGCUGUGCAGAAAGAAUUUCACAUAUAAACCAACCUUUAAUGCUCAUAUGAGAAGUCACACUGGAGAGAAGCCUUACAUCUGCAAACUGUGUGAGAAGAGCUUCUCACAAAAGGGAAAUCUAAAGUAUCACAUGAGAGUUCACACUGGAGAAAAGCCUUACUCAUGCCCUCAAUGCGGAAUUAAUUUUACGUAUAAGGAGUCCUUUGUUAUCCACUUGAGAGUGCACACUGGAGACAACCUUUACACCUGCAAACUGUGUGGAAAAAGCUUCUCACAAAAAGGAAAUCUGAAGUAUCACAUGAGAAUCAACACUGGAAAGAAGCCGUUCACAUGUGAUCAGUGUGGAAGAUAG